AUGUCGAAAACCCCCCCCCCAACCAACACGCCCGACGAAGCUAGGAUCCUAGCUAGUGUCCAAGCCCGCAGAGCGCCAAACCCUCUUCUCCCUCUGGACCUCGCCCUUCUUCACUCCUACCCCGUGACAGAAGGCUGGAACUCAUUCAUCGGCGCAAUCCGCACACGGACAGGCCUCUCGACUGUCAUUCGCGAGCUGGCUAUCUGCCGUGUGGCAGUUGUCAAUGGCGCACUAUUUGAGUGGGAGCAACACGCUCCCUUAUUGAAAGAGGGAGGGCUUAGCGAGGAGGCAUUGAAGGUUGUCGGGGAUGCGCAGGCGGAUUUCUCGUCCCCGAGUUUGACAGCCGAGCAGAGGGCCGUUCUGGCUUAUACAGAUGCUAUGACGAAGACAGUUACGGUCCCAGAGAAGGUGUUCGAACAAUUGAAGGCUUGCUUUGACGAGAAGGAGGUUGUAGAGAUUACGGCGACAAUCGCGGCUUAUAAUUGUGUUUCGAGGUUUCUGGUUGCUUUGGAUGUUGGGGAAAAGAACCACUGA